UGCAUUUGCUUUAUUGAAAGAUGCUCUGCCUUCUCUUGCUUGCUUUUCCUUUACUCUUUACAGCAACAGAUUCUACUAAUUGUGCUAAUGUGGUUGGACAAGAAAUACUUGAAGAUACUGGUGGGAUUAAUCUUUUUGUUGAUGCUACUAACAUUCCUCAAAUACCAAGUUUUGCAGCUCCUAAUGGAAGACUGGGUGUGAUUGAAAAUGGUGUAGUCAACCCUUUUCUGUCUCAAUCCGAAGGGAGUAGCUUUUUCACCUUAACCAGCUCAUUGAGGAAAAUACCAAUGUUUAUGACAGCUAGCUCAAAACUUUAUUAUUCGUUAUCUGUACUAUCGAAUGAUUCAGUUGUAGCAGGUCCUUUUACAACUAUUACUAAUAAUAUUGGAGUGAUAUUACCAGGAAGUGAUACAAGUGUUAGUGUUGAUAUUUGUUGUAAGAGAUCAGGUUCUAUUGUUCUUCAAGGCUGUCUCACAAUUGGUACAAUGCCAUUGAAUGUAUUAGGUGGUGCAUAUAAAACACUGCAACCUUUCUAUGCUUCAUAUGAAUGCUUAGCUGAUGAUGUGAGAGAUUGUACUGACUCUCCUCCAUUGUCACCGCUCAUUUCUGAGCUUUGUUUUGGUAGAAAUGUUACAAGAGAAUUAGUGGACAGCAGGCAAGGCUCCUGGGGCCUUUUUCUAUUGACUUAUACUGACAAUAGUUUCUGUCCUAUUGAUGAUAGUUACCCGAAUAGCAUCACAUAUUUUUUAACGGAUCCAGCUUCUAAUUCUCUUUUCCCUAUCAGUCCAACCAUACCAAUCCUCUACUUGUUUUUUGAAAGGAAUGCCAAUGAUCUAAGUCUCAGUUGGGAUGGACCGAUUGGUUACAGUUUUGAUUUUGUCUCAAGGAAUCUCGAUAUUGUCAAUACCGAUGAUCUUAACUCUUCCAUUCCAAUGCAAGGGGAUUUUAGUACCUACCAACUUGAUUUCUCUGUUGAUUUGCAUUGCCUACCUAACAUUAGCAGUUCUGCAAUUAUCGAUGUCUACUUCAAUUUCUCUACAAUCCUCAAUGGAAAUGUAAUCAGUAACAUGCUUCAUUUUUUCUUCCAUCGUGCCUGUGCAUUUUCAAUGGCCAAUGCUACACUUAACAGUACUGCUCCUCCAACUUCAAGACCAAGAGAGAUUAUUGAUAUAAUAGUACCAUCAGUUGGUGGCCUAGUGUUACUAACAUUAGUUGUAGCAGUGGCUAUGAUCAUUUGCUGUUGUGUCUCCAUUAAAAGAAAGAAGACAGCUGUGAAGAAACUUGAAGAAAUGAAUGCAAGUAUUGAAAGAAAUCGAACUGUGUCUGCCAGCAUUAAUGCCUACACUGCAAUCCAGAGUUUGAUGUCUGUUAGGAAUCCAUUUGAGAUUCUCUCUGAUUGUAAUCUCGAAUAUAACUAUGCUUUGUUGAAAGUACUGGACAAGAUCGGUGAGGGAUUCUUUGGAGAUGUCUACAAAGGAACAGCUCCAGGUCUCUCCUCUAGUUUUGUAGCUAUAAAAACUCUAAAGAACAACUCAGACCUGGACACGCUGGAAAAGUUUGCUAAAGAAACUUGGACAUGUUCUAAAUUUGAUCACGAGAAUGUCAUCAAGCUCUUAGGAGUUUGUACUUUUGGAGCUCAAAAGUGUAUGAUAUUCCAAUACAUGGACCUUGGCAGUUUAGAUAAACUAUUACGUAAAUCCUCACCUUCUUCUCCAGAUUAUAACUCUGAGGAUGACCACUUGCUUACUCCGUACCAAUUCCUCAAUGUGUCCAUUCAAUUAGCUAGAGGAUUAGCAUAUCUGUCUUCUCUUGAUUUUGUACACAGAGACAUUGCCUCAAGGAACUGUCUACUGGACUCAUCAUACACUGCUAAGAUUGCUGAUUUUGGACUCUCAAGGAAUAUUGGUGGAAACAAUUACUAUCGUAUCGGGAGUGGGAACAACCUCCUGCCAAUUAGGUGGAUGCCCCCAGAAGCAAUAUUCUUCAGUACUUUCACCGUGAAGAGUGAUAUAUGGUCCUUUGGUGUUCUAUUGUGGGAGAUAUACACGUAUGGUAAGCUACCUUAUGGUGGAUUGAGCAAUCAUGAAGUGAUUGAUAAUGUCAGAGGAGCUAAGAUUCUUGAUAAGCCAGACCUGUGUCCACUGGGAGUCUACGAUAUCAUGAGAUCCUGUUGGUACCAGGUACCAGCUAAGAGGAUAUCAAUACAAAGCGUACUGGAGAAACUUGAGACUUACGAAAGAGGUGAAGAAAUACCCCAGCAUAAUUAUGCUAAUCUAAUACCGGGGACUGACUUGGCUGGUCCUUUAUCAACUCCACGUCAAGUUGAAGUCGAGAUGACACCUUUCAGUACACCUCGCUCUAGCAGUUAUAGAGCCAGUAUGGAGAUAAAUUCAGAAUUCAUGGACAGUGCUAUAAUUACUGCCAUUGAAGAAGAUGGGGAAGAAUUAGCUAAAAUAUUGUCAAUGAGUCUGAAAUAACAAUACAUUUUAUUUAUUUGUGCUUUGCUAAGUAUCAUGCUGUGCUUGAAUUUUCUGCAGGAAAGGGUGUGGCUGCCCUUGGUGGGUGCGGCUCAAAUAUGCAAUGAUCUAUGACCCACAAGCACUUAACAAUUCUUUUCUACUCAAAGAUAAAAGCCACAGUUGUUAUCAUAAUGUCGUGUUGGAUUGAAUGCUUGCCAAAGGGGCCCCACA